ACUUUAGGUUACGUAAUAAUAAGCCUUUGACCCAGUUACUAUGAAGCCUCCAGUCAACAUAAAAGGACAUCUGAAAUUGCAUUCGCAGCAAUAGACCAACCAUGUCUACCGAAGGAGACUACGACUGUAUAGUGAUCGGAGCCGGGGUCCAGGGCUCUUUCACGGCAUACCAACUCGCGAAGAAGAAGCAGAGAACUCUUCUGCUGGAGCAGUUUGUCCUGCCACAUACUCGGGGAAGCUCCCAUGGCCAAACGAGGAUCAUUCGCAAGGCCUAUGAUCAGGACUACUACACCGUCAUGAUGGAGGAGUGUUAUCGGCUGUGGGCUCAGCUCGAGGAAGAGGCCAGCGUCAAGCUGGUUAGACAAACUGGACUGCUGGUGAUGGGCCCAGAGAAUAGUUCGCAGUAUCAGGCGGUUAAGAACACCCUGCAGAAAAACAGGGUUCCCAUGGUGAUCCUGCCGCCAGAAGAAUUCUCCAAGCACAUCCCCAACGUGAAUCUGAGCGAGGGAGACGGUGCUCUGGUGGACACAACAGCUGGGGUGUUGUUUGCUGACCGGGCACUGAGAGCUGUCCAGGGUCAGUUCCUGAAGUUGGGAGGGAUUAUUAAGGAUGGACAGAAGGUGAGUGACAUUAAGCCAGGGGCCCUGGUCACUGUCACGGCCUCGGGGGGCGUGUACAGAGCCAAGAACCUGGUGCUGACCGCUGGGAGCUGGACCAACGGCAUGCUCUCCUACAUUGGACUGCAGCUACCACUAAAGGUGCUGAAGAUCAACGUGUGCUACUGGAAGGAGAAGGUCCCCGGCUCGUACCACGUACAGCAACGCUUCCCCGCCUUCCUCCAGGUGGAGUGCCCCGAGGGCAAGCACCACAUCUACGGCCUGCCCUCCAACGAGUACCCUGGCCUGAUGAAGGUGUGUUACCACACUGGCAGUGAGACUCACCCGGACAUGAGGGACAGACAGUCAGACCAGUCGGACAUUGACAUCCUCAAGCGCUACCUGACCCGCUGCUUCCCUGGCCUGGACCCUGAGCCCGCCGUGGUGGAGAGCUGCAUGUACACCGUGACCCCAGAUGAGGACUUUGUGCUGGACUGCCACCCCCUCCAUAACAACAUUGUUAUUGGAGCCGGGUUCUCAGGUCAUGGCUUCAAGUUUGGGCCACUUAUUGGCAAGCUGCUUUGUGAACUGAGCCUGGGUGAAGUGCCUUCUUACGACCUUUCACCCUUCAGAAUCAGACGGUUUCCAGAACAUCUCAAACCUUCAUUGUAAUGUGCCCACUCUUUAGUGGCCUGCUAGAAGAAACUACUACAGAUUGAGUUAUCAGAUCAAGGCCAACAAGUUGGGAAAUCUGCAUCUUUGAUGACAUCAUUGCUUUUAUCUUUACCAUGCUUUUAUCAUGGCACAUAUAAACUAAUACUUUUUGGUUACCACGAUGUGUUCACUCAUUUCAUGCAUUGGUGGGUCUUUGUCCCUUGUGUCCUUUCCUGAGUUACCCGUUUUGUAAACUCAUCACAUUAGUAAGACAAUGAGCCGUUUGUCUGGUGAGCCAGCUGGCUGUUGAGCGUUUAGAUGUGGGAUACUUUCUAUUUCCCCAUGUACUAGUAAACAUUUUAAUCACUAAUUAGAUUGCCUAUUCCAAAAGAUGCCAACCAAGGCCAUAAUUUAGAAUGGUACAAUUAUACAAAGGAACGACAAGAGAUCAGCGAGUCAUUUUCUCCAUUCCAUCUAAGGGUCUUCCGAAUGAAAGGGAAGGGCCAUUUUGCAAAUCACCCCAAUUAAAGUUAGGUUUAUUAGACAUGCAAAUUAGGAAACAAAAACAUUAUCGCACUGAGCCAUUUCAAAAACCUUUCUGGGAUUUACAGUAAAUAGCAUGAAAGUGAUAUCUAAAAGUCUUAAUAUAUGUAUUAUUGUAGUAGUUUACCCUCACAAUACAUUAAAUCUUGAUCAAGAACA